GCUGAUAUUUUAUCUGUCGUUCCAAGGAGCAAUACCCUGCGACCUGCAGUUUGUUCUUCAUUGUUAGCUAGCGUGGUCCGCUUUUUUCAAACAUGGACUGCCAUCUCCUUCUACUUUGUUUAGCUUGCCUGAUCGCAGUUGGUGUGUCAAUCGAUAACACGCGGCAACCGAAAAUAUAUGGGCCGGAAGUUGUGGAAGCUGUUAUUAAUAUUAUUCGAGAAUCAUGUUUAUUUGCCGACGAUAGAAGAUUUUUGCGUCGACUUGCUUAUGUUGAAUCACGUGAUGGAACAGCUGCAAAAACAUUUAGAUUCGGAUAUUACGGCGGUAUUUGGCAGGUUGACCAAUCAGCAUUCCGUCAAACCCAAAACAAUGCCAGCUUGACUUCUCAAUACAACAUUAUACAAAAUAAAUUAGGUAUCAACUGGAACACUGUUAGUUGGACGGACCUCCAAAAACCUUUAUACUCCGGCAUAGCUGCUGCACUCUAUACAAUCCUUAGAAAAGGGUCGAACCAACUUAGUUGGAAUGAUGAGCAGCAAGGGACGUUUUGGGGACAUAAUUUUCACGGUGGUAGUCCAGCGUCAAACUUCACUGAACAAGCCAAAAUACUUGAUCUUGGUUGUACAACAAAUCAGCAAGUAGAUCUUGUGUUUGUUCUGGACACUUCCUCUAGUCUCACUGCCGAUGACUUCACGAGAUCAAAGAGGUUCAUAAGUGAGGUCGUGGAUGGUUUCAUGAUAUCACCAGCUGAGACUCAAGUUGGGCUUGUCACUUAUUCCACCAACGCUCAUGUUGAGUUUGACCUUAAUGAUCAUAGGACUAAAACAGAUGUCAAGCAUGCAAUAGACAGUGUAAGUCGUAACACUGGUGGAACAGCCACUGAUCGAGGUUUAGACACAGCUUUAAACCAGGUGUUCGGUUCAUUUCAUGGUGCCAGACCUAAUGCUGUAAAGGUUAUGGUUGUUAUCACCGACGGAAACAGUGACGAUGAUUUAAAUACAAAACAUGCUGCUGACAGAGUCCAUGCAAACGCUAUUGUCACAUUCUCUGUGGGAGUUGGGCAUAGCAUUGGUUCAACGGAGCUCAACACGAUAGCAAGUGACCCAAAAUGCACGCAUGCGUACACGGUUAAUUCAUUUGCAGAAAUAAAAUUCAUGAAGGAAGAAAUACAAAAAGCUACUUGUAUAGCACCCUUGUACAUUAACACGACAUACAGUUGUGAGAUCACUAAAUGUCCUCCUCUAGCAGUCAUCACCGGAACAAAUGGUACAACAAUAGAGACUAAUAUAACUUGCGGCGGUAUGAACAUUUUUUCAUCCGUAAACAAUCCAUACCCUUCUUCUGCUCAGUAUGAAUAUAACCAACUGUCCCUGGCAGGACAUCCCACACAGUACUUCUUUAAUAUUCAAGGAAAGACAUUGUUUAUCAACAUGAAGGAUAACCAGUAUGGAGGUAGUGGUGUAUUAAAUGGGAGCACAGGUUGUAUAGCAACAAUUACUCCCUACAUUGGGGACAAGACUGAUAAUGAGAUACAUGUGAAAUGUUACCGAGGGAAGACUGAAGUACAUUGUGAUCCAUCUUAUUUCAACUGCACGGAGAAAUGGAACUUUGCCAAUCCUUGUACACAAGAAAAUGUUCUUGCUGGUAAAGAUAGAUUCCCACAUCCGUAUUUCAGCAACAAGUUUCUCAUGUGUGAUCUGUCCGGCAAAUUGUAUAUUGUCAUCUGUCCAAAAGGAGAGGUAUUCCAGGCUGAUUGUAAUCAGUGUGUUGGAGAAAACGCUACAGUAGCUUCCGGCUGUCUCAAUCCGUAUACAGGAAGUAAUCCUUGCACGCGAGCAAAUAUCUUAGCAGGCAAAUUGUUUUUCCCGUAUCCAACUGACGUCCAUAAGUACAUCCACUGUGACGUUUGGGGGAAACCAUGGGAACGUCAAUGUCCGUCUGGAAUGGAAUGGGAUCAGAUGCCGCUUACAUGUAUCCGGACAUCUCACAAUCCUUGCCGACAUCACCAGCCCAAUCAACCAUACUUCUACCCGCACAAGUGUGAUCCUCAUAUGUAUAUCCAUUGCGAUACAAACCAUCAGUCAUUCGACCAGUCGUGCCAGCUCGACUACGUCUUUUAUGCUACAUCACAAGUAUGCGUCCCUCCGGGAUCUUAUCCGGGAACAAGCAAUCUGGUGAACACAUGCAAUGGUAAUGCUACACCCAUCCCUCCUCCAACUGCCAGCCCUGGUUCGCACGUGACCACAUCAGAUCCACUGGGAACACAUGCGUUUUCAAAUCAAUAUUAUAGUGCUCCAUGUACAAAGGCCAACAUAGACGCUGGACUUUUGUAUUUCCGGUACAAGUUCAACAACCACAACUACAUCCAGUGUGACUUGUGGGGAAGACAAUACCUGCGAGACUGCUUUCCGGACUACUACGACCCAUAUACAUACACUUGUGUUGAUGGCCCCGUCUUCCCAGAAAAUGUCAUAGGCGGCUAGAAACCGGCAAACACCUAAAAACGUUAUUUUAAAGGGUGAAGUCUUUACCUUGCAACACUUGGAAUCUUUAUCAUGUUUUUAUAUCUUUUUAGCAAACAAAAAUAGCCAAAAAAAAAAACGAUGCAUCAUAACA